GUUUUUAGUCGAGGGCUGUAAUCCAAAUACACAUGCGCUCACUUUCAAUUCAUCAGCGAAAUUAUCUUCUUUUAUCAUGAUCUACAGUUUACACUGACUCUGGAUUUGAAAAAGGCUUUUUAACCUUUGUUUGGAGAAUGCCACAUGAAAAAACCCGCAGUAGUCUCUUGUCUGACACCCUGAACCGGAGAAGAGCUCUGACCCUCUCACCAGGUGGCAAACAUGUCAGCUGUCAGACUGAAAGUCCACUCAAGAUUCCCAGGAGAAGUUCCACAGCUAAAGAUGAGGAUAUAGAGACAUCUAAAGAUUGGAAAAAGAGCAGCACCAAGAUCCAUUGGACACAGCUGGCAUCAAAUGGUACGUCCCCCCAGUUAGAUCCCAGAUCAACCAGUGAUCGAGGACAAAAAACAUGGCAGGAAUUUGAAAGACGUCAGGUUAAGGUUAUCUUAGAAGAUGUCCUCCAGACAGAGAUCGGACAAAACUUUCUAAGAAGUAGCAGACAGAGUUUCCAACUGAAAAACCAAAAUGAGCCCAAAAGAACAGCCAGAGAGAGGCGAAGUGAUCAGACAUCAACAAGUGAGCUCAAAGACACGAGAAGAAGCAGUGUGUCAGUGAGAGGUAGAAAAGACUCUGCUGAAGCAAAAUAUUCUUCUCCAUGCCCAAAACAGACCGAAUCAACCCCUUGUACUGAAAAUGAAUCAUGUUCAUCCAAAGAUAGGAAAAAGAUAAAAAAAUCACGAGUCAAACAAACUAACUCUUCACUGAAACAAUCAGAGCUGUCUGAAGAAUCAAAUAACUCGUAUUCACCUAGAGAAAGUGACUCUCCAGAGAUUAGCGAUCAGUUGUCUGAACAGAUCAAGCCAUCUACAUUUAAAGAGACGGAAGCAACAUCGCUUGAAGGAUCUCCACAAAAUGAUGAAGCAGUUUUGUCUGAAUUUGAAUUGGGACACAGCCCCUUAUCAUCAAUAGAAGAGCAAGUUCACCUCAAAGAGGAUGACACUGAUAGUGAGCAUCUAACCAAUCAGAAAGAAAGUGAAGAAACACAAGAAUUCUCAGAGUAUACAGAAGAAGAUAUUAAGGAAACCCGCAAACGCGUGAAUGGAGAGGUGGUGCAGGAGUUGGAGGGGUUAAGGGGUAGUGUGUUGCGUCUCUCAGUCGGGGCUGAUGGGGAGGUCCCGCUCAAAAGAUGUCGUUUGGACAGCCUCUCAAGUGAACAGGUUCCUGGCUCAGACUCUGCCUCUGAGAGUGCAGAGGGACAGUCCUGUCAGCCCCUCCCAACUGAAACCAUUGUUCUCUCAAGUGAAGAGGAGGAAGAGGAGGAUGUGGUAAAAGACAAAGAGGAAGAGAUCUUAAACAUUCAGCCACCAGAGGGCGAUAAAGACAUGGAUAGACUAGAGACACCAGAAAGUAUAUAUGAGCAGAUACCAGUGCCUGAUUUUCAAUCGCACAUUACACGACUGUACACACAGAGUUGUAGCAUGAUGGAGUUGCGACUGUCUUCGCUUCAUAUCGGUGGAGUUAGUGCCAUAUCCAAUGAGAAUAUGAAGAUUACAACAGAGAAGAUCAUCAUUUCAUUAAAAGAUUCUUCAGUGAAAGUUUCUAUAUCGAUGGCAAGCGUGCGUAAAUACAGUGUGUGGGAGGGGACCAUGUUGAAGGGGUGUGAACUGGUUAAGGAUGAUGACAUCCUGCCCCCUUCUUUGCUGCUCCUAUGGCUGUCUGACACUCAGGCCCGCCAAAUGCACAAAGAUCUGUCCGUUAUCCAACCAGAGACAUGCCCAGAUGAAGGCAGCACGUGUGUGGUGCUGUGUUUGGCAGAGCCUGUUGCUGGCAUUGAGAGCGCCAUCUUGGCCUCACUAAUGGAUCUGGUGGCUCUCAACCAGGGCAGUCCAGAGCUCUUCUCCCCCCUCACACAUUCAGACUCCCUGAACCUGCUGCAGAGCUCCCAGGAAACACAUCUGCUCAAGCUACUGACGUCAAAAUAUGACAUGCAGACCAGUACUGCUGCACAGGCAACUGUAUCUGCCAUAAAGGACGCUGAUGUUCAGCUGAAGCCAGUCUACACGCUGUGCCACAGGAGAUCUCAUGGUUCCUACAGUGUUUCAAUGGAACCUGGGCUCGGGUCAGAAUGGACCCCGUACCGCCACCAAGGUCCUACACGCAGGUUGAUUCAGUUCCCUCCUCCGCCCUCUAAAGGAGCCCUCUCUGUGACAACAGAAGACUUGGAGUGUUUAGACAGUGGCGAGUUUCUUAAUGAUGUCAUCAUCGACUUCUACCUCAAGUAUCUUUUGGUGCAGAAGGCUCCACCGUCAUCUGUUGAAAGAUCACAUGUUUUCAGCAGCUUUUUCUAUAAACAGCUCACACGCAGAGACAAUGCGAAUGAAGACAGCACAAGCACACCAGCUCAGGUCAGAAGGCAUCAGCGUGUAAGGACAUGGACCCGUCAUGUAGACAUCUUUGACAAAGACUUCCUGUUUGUACCUGUCAAUCAAGAAUCUCACUGGUAUUUGGUGGUAAUAUGUUUCCCCGGGUUGGAAGAACCGCAGUGUGUGAACAGGGAAGGAUUUGGUGAGGAGGGUCUGUGUAAGAACGAGACUGAGAUCCAGUCUGACAACAGGUCCAACAGUGAUGAGGAUAAAGACGCAGAUGACAGCCACAAAAAGGCCAGUAAUUCUCAUGAACCCGUGAACUGCACGGAAAGUACCUGUAAGAGACAAACUAUCUGCAAAAGGCCGUGUAUUCUUGUCAUGGACUCCCUGAAGUUAUCUCUUCAUGAGCGUAUCUUCAAACUCUUGCGAGAAUACCUUCAGGUGGAGUGGGAGGUAAAGAGAGGUGGUUAUCGUGACUUUAGUGUUGAAAACAUGGAGGGUUUCCAUUGUAAAGUCCCUUUGCAGGACAACAGCAGCGACUGUGGCCUCUACCUGCUACAAUAUGCCGAAAGCUUUUUACAGGACCCAGUUGUACAUUUUGACUUGCCGCUGAGAUUAGAACGCUGGUUUCCCCGGCAAAAGGUUCGAGGGAAACGGGAGGAGAUUCGAGACCUCAUACUACACCUAUUCCGAUUUCAGCAAGGCUCUCUGGGAAAUGAAGCAUUAAUAGAUAGAAUAGAUAAUAGAAAUGUGAUUUAGUAGUGUAUAGUGUUUAGGUGUGGAUUAUUUUACACUAGAUGUAUUUAUAUUUGAUGUCUUGAAACAUUUUAUAUAAUUUUAUGCACUUGUAUACGUUGUUGCAAAGAUUUUAGAAGGAAAUAAAUUUCUUGAACUUUUUUUGCACUGUCAAAAAUUACUACUUUUUACCACAUGCCAUUGUAUAUUUCUCUGUGUUCCCUCUCAUCAGUGGUUUGGUUGUCAUGAAUGAAUGUGGGAAUGAGCAAAAGGCCUGGAGCAUACGAUUGGACAAGCAGUUGGGUGUAGCGUAAAUUGGUACUGUGAUUGGUCGACUUGGACGGGAAGAUUGAAAGUGAUGCAUAUGGUUUAAUGCUAACCAGACAGACUGAGAUUAGACGGAUUUAGAGACCACCCACCUUCUUCCAGUAAUCUCAGUAUUCCGGUCUGUGUACAUUGUUACUCUGUUUGAUAGAGGCUUAAUUUGAGACAGAUGGGGAUUUCUACAGUGUCUUAUCAGUUAGUCAUGUAAGGAAUUUAGACUAAAAAUGGGUGAAUGGUUACUGUUUUUGUGUAUUCACAUGCUUUAUUAAAAAUUGCCAAUGUACAUUAUGUAUGGCGCAGUUUAUAUUUAGUAAAUUCUUAUUCUGUUCAGCUCAAACUUUUCUGUUGAGUGAAUUGCCAAUGCUUUUACUGCAUUCUGGAAAUUUCUAAGCAAACCUUUCACUGCUCUGGAACAAUAAUAAAACUCACACACCAUGGUGUACUUUCUGCCAAACUGGGAUGAGGGUUGAUACACUAGCUGAACUUUAAAGAAGCAAAAUGGCUAACAUUACAGAGCAAUUACCUAGUAACUGCACUGAGGUAAAACAAUUUUAGACAACGUAUAUAUGCAUGUAAAUUGGUCAAAUAAUGUUUACAUUUGCGUUUAGAAAUUUAGCAGAUGCUUUUAUCCAAAGCGACUUACAAAACAGAAUGUUGCAGCAAUCCCUGAGACAUUAAAGGAACAGUUAAUCCAAAAUGAAAAUUCUAUCUUCA